UGUGAGGGGGGAGAAGAGCCGCGCAUGCCCACCCCAUGCGGGAAACUCUGCACGGCACCAAGGAAGUCACGAGUCUCCCUUGCAGCGCGGGAAAAUCUCCAGCUUUUGCAAAAAAAUGCUGUGCCCCAGUGCUCAGGGUGGGCCUGGUGAUGGGGAGCCCUGCCCCGUGCACCCCCAGGAAUAGACCAACCCUUGCGCUGCAAGGUGCUGUCUAGCUCCCCCGUGAGCUAACCAGCAGUUGUGCCCAUGGAGGGCAGACGGACGGCACCCAGCCCCUCUGCACAGGGCUCCAGCGGGUGCCAAAGCCUGAAGCGCGAAUGCGAAGAGGACCGGGAGGUGGAGGAGUUGGCCGAGGCUGUGGCCCGGGAGGAUGACGAGUUGGCCGCGGUGUUUCCGCGUCUGUAUCCCUGCAAGCAGGAGGAUGUGAAACCAUGCUUUGGCCAGGCCCCCCCUGAUCACAACGCAGGUUCGUCCCUGAUGCCCUCCGUGAUCCUGGCGAGCCAGCAGCGAGGCAGUGAGGCCUCGGCCCUUGAUGGCUCUUCUUUGAAACAUUCAACCACUCUGACCAACCGGCAGAGAGGCAAUGAGGUCUCUGCCUUGCCGGCCACGCUCGACACUCUGUCCAUCCACCAGCUGGCAGCACAGGGGGAGCUCAGCCAGCUGAAGGAGCAUCUCCAAAGAGGUGAGAACCUGGUGAACAAGCCUGACGAGAGAGGUUUCACCCCGCUAAUCUGGGCCUCGGCCUUCGGGGAGAUCGAGACUGUCCGUCACCUGCUGGAAUGGGGUGCCGACCCCCACAUCCUGGGCAAGGAGCGGGAGAGCGCGCUGUCGCUGGCCAGCACAGGGGGAUACACCGACAUCGUGAUCAUGCUGCUGGAGAGGAACGUUGACAUCAACAUCUACGACUGGAACGGCGGCACCCCCCUGCUGUACGCGGUGCGUGGCAACCACGUCAAGUGCGUGGAGGCUUUGCUAGCUCGUGGAGCAGAUCUGACCACGGAGGCCGACUCUGGCUACACCCCUAUGGACCUGGCUGUCGCCCUGGGACACAAGAAGGUGCAACAGGUGAUUGAAAACCACAUCCUCAAGCUCUUUCAGAACAAGGGCCUGGAGUGACCAGGACUCAGAGGCCUUGGCUUCACCUUUCCAAGGGGCUGCAGGUGCGUCAGAUGGGGCCAACUGUGCUGGAUCCCUGCAGCAGACAAGUGUUUCAGAUGCAAGGCUGGGAGGUCCCUGGUGAGGCCGGACAUGUCGACACUCUCAGGAGUCUGGCAGGAGCUGCACCCGCACCCAGCCCUAGACCUAGCUGUUGUGCCCCUGCCCCAAGCAGGGCCCUCACCUGCUCAGGGCACACCGUCUGCCUGUGCUAAUGUUGCAUUUUGGAAGUAAAUCCUCCAGCAGUCUG